GCUGCAGCGGGGUUGAGGCGCUACGACGAGGAGGUCGAGGCCCGAGGAGCCCUUGACAAGGCCGGAGUCGAGCCUCGAGCCCUGAGGAACCCUCGAGCCCGCCGUCGCCAUGGCUCGGGACGUGAAGAGCAAGCUGUCCAAGAACCUCCUCCGCAUGAAGUUCAUGCAAAGGGGCUUGGAUUCGGAAACCAAGAAGCAGCUUGAAGAGCAAGAAAAGAAAAUAAUCAGUGAGGAGCAUUGGUUUUUGGAUCUACCCGAACUCAAGGAAAAGGAGAGCUUUAUCAUAGAAGAAAGGAGUUUUGCGCCAUGUGAGGACCUCUUGUACGGCAGGAUGUCAUUUAAAGGUUUCAAUCCUGAAGUCGAGAAGUUAAUGAUCCAGAUGAACUCGAGGUACAAGACGGAAGAAAUCGAAGAGGAAGAUAACGCUAUGGAGGCUGAUGUAUCGGAUGAAGAAAUGGCCAGGAGGUAUGAAACUUUAGUGGGGACUAUCGGGAAGAAAUUCUUAAAGAAGAGAGACCGGCACGUUCUGCAAGACACAGAGGAGGAUGAAAACAGUAACAAAUGGCCAAGCCAAGCAAAGAAAAUGUUUUUAAAACCCCAGGAUUAAACGACGCGGAUGAUUUGUGUGUCCUUUGGGCUGCAGAAAUCUGUUUUGUACCACGAUAAUGCAAGUUCUCUUUUGUAAAUGGCUGGAUCUCUUUAUGUCUUUGGGACAGACGCAUUUUUCAGAGUAGAUGGGCGCAUAAUGGAUGUUAUACAUCCUCGUCUCUCUGCGCACAUUUUUAGCAUGGGAAUCUGAGCAGCGCAAGGACUUGAGCGGUGAAUGUAAGUAGAAAGGUGGUCACAUGGGGUUGAGAGCAACAUUAGAUUACGAUUCUAACGGCAAACAAAAUAUUUCAAAGGCAAGUGAGUUAUGGUCCUCGUCAUGAGACAACGCUGCUUCCAUUGCUUUUUUUUUUUUUUAAAAAAAAAAAAGAUAUUAUUGUUAUUGCACAUUUUGCUUUAGAAAGAUUAUGGAGGGAGGGAGAUUUGCUGGGGAAGCAUUUCUUUUUUAAAACAACCACAAGGGAACAUGUUUAUUUGAUUUAUGCCCUUGAAAAGUAUUUUAUUGUAAUGGAGCAUACUUUUAUUUUCUAGGGAAGUUUUAAGGUGCCAUGCCUAAUACUUUUGUUAAUGGAAACUGUGUCUCUUCCUGAAUAAAAUUACCUGGCCAACUUGUAGAAACCUCAACCAUUUGCAAUAGAAGUAUGGCUUUCCAUUAAUUAUUGAGAUGCAUCAGCAACUUUGACCUAUGUUAUUAUUGCAUUAUUAUUAUUAUUAUUAUUAUUAUUAUUAUUAUUAUUAUUAUUUGUAAGCCAUUACAGGGUAAAGACAAGUGUCAAUCCCUAAAACUAACACAAUACCAAUUGAUAAAAUAUAUAAGCCCAGGGACAGAUAGUUAAACUUUCCAGUGCAGUCCAAGACUAAGCUAUAAUAAUGAAAGAGGAUGUGUGUUUAUCUGUAUCCAUCCGACAGCACCAUAGCAACGUGACUGAAAAAUGUAAGCAUCUGAAACUUGGUGUGCAUACUAAAGGCACCGUAGGGGUGUGCACCUCAUAGCUACUUUGUUUUUAAAACCCAUUAAUUCAUUAUAGUUGAUGUUAAUAUAUCCAUGUUGUUGAAGCCUGUAGUAACCUCUUCAGCCACUAGGGGCAGGCUUCCCUAACCAGCACAUGGCUUUGUAGUCCAUACAGCUUGAAGCCAGAGGAGAUUAGUAGACCAAGGAACUGAGUUAUACACUUGCACACACACACACUAUGGGGUAACACCUGUCCCCCAUAAUGGAGUGGACACACCUUUUCCUCAGAGGGCUAUAGAGGUGCCCCAUGGCAGAAGAUGGGCCUAGAGAUGCCGGCAGGCGUGACUACACACAAAUGGGAUGGGCACAAUACGGACACUUCUAAUGGUUGUGUAAGUUCGUUUGAUGGCUUUGCUUGAACAGCCCUUCAAACCAAGGGCUAUUUCAGCCCAUACGAAGGCAGAUCAGCUUGCUAGUAAACAAUAUAAUCAUUAGCCAGUUCCCCAGAAGCGCCAGUUGCAGAGAAUUGCAACCAGUUUUCUUGGCUUGCCACUGUAAAAAGUCCUCGAUGCCAAGGUAUCUAGCAGAGGGGUCAUCUGCAUGAAGUCUAGGAGUUUCCUAAAACGAUCAGGGGUUGGGCCUUCGAAACAAUUAGACCUCACACCCUCCCAAAUUGGAGCUGAGCUUCCAUUUAAGCUUCCACUCUCAUCAGGAUAGUCAUCAGUCUAUUCUUCCCUUCAAAUGAAGAGAGCAUGGUGUCCGUGCUCCGCACCACAUUGCCAAGGGAUGAGCAUGCAGUACUGGGUUGAAGCUUCCCAUUCACAAAUGGCCAGAGAGGGCAGAUAUGGAUCACUUUGACUAUCCGGACAUCCCACAAUGCUCUGCUUACCCAACAGGCUCUCUGCAUGUAACAAGUGUGUAAACCAGAGAUACAGGCCCUGCUGAUCACGUGUGGUCCAAGAUACGUAGCAUGUGGGCGGCGAAUGAUCCCUUCCUGGGUAUCUCUCCACUAAACACCAGGCAGACCUUCUUCGUUGCAGCGAUAGGGUUGUAUUCUGAAGCUCAUAUUGAUGGCUAUUGGAAGUGAAAACGUGCGAACAUUCAUCGCCUAAAAUCUUUCAGUGUUUAUGGUCAGGGAAGAUUAAACAUUUUGAAUUCAAUAGAUUUGGAGAGAAUCACUGUAUGGGUCUGUCGUGUCUUCCUAAUUGAAAUUCCUUAGCAACGUCACAUUAAAUAUCAUGGACACUUCUCA